AUGUCAUCAAGCAACGAUUCCAAGUCUCAUCCAAUUCCCAGCAUGGCUCCCCAAAAUGACCAGAACCCAACUCCGGACAGCUACCAGCUGGCCAUGGCCAAGAACAAUCUCUGGGCUACCAAGCUAGACGAAGAGCAGCCAGACCUCUUCCCAAAACUCGCCUCCGGCCAGUCACCCGAGAUUCUAUGGAUUGGCUGUGCUGACUCCCGUUGCCCCGAAACCACCGUUCUGGGACUUCAGCCUGGCGAUGUCUUUGUUCACCGCAAUAUUGCCAACGUCGUACAAUACAACGACAUCUCCUCGGCUACUGUCAUUGAAUUCGCCGUCGUUUACCUCAAGGUCAAACACAUCAUUCUUUGCGGCCAUACCAGCUGCGGUGGUAUUAACGCUGCACUGGCCAACAAGAAGCUCGGACUAUUGGACACCUGGCUCAUGCCCCUCCGACGGCUUCGAGAGCAGCACAUGGACACCCUAAAAGAUCUGGAGCUCAAGGAUGCUGCCGUCAAGUUGGCGGAGAUAAAUGUGGAGAACGGACUGCGAGUCCUACGAGAAAACAGUGCGGUUCUCGAUGCCAUCCAGGAACGAGGACUCAAGCUGCACGGUGUCAUCUAUGACGUUGGCAGCGGAAAGCUAAGAGAGCUAGAGAUUACCGAGUCCAUGGAUGCCAUCAGCAAGAGAAUUGCUUCAUUCAAGACAGUCAAGAAUGAGGAAUAG